AUGAGUCGGCCCGAGCACAUUGCACCACCAGAGUAUUUCUAUGAUACAAAAGAAGCAGCCAAGUACAAUUCCAGCUCACGUAUUAUCAAAGUGCAGGAAGAAUUGUCAAAUCGUGCCAUUGAAUUAUUAAAUUUACCCGAAGGCCAAGAGGCAUUCAUUCUUGAUGUCGGGUGUGGUAGUGGUCUUAGUGGAGUUGCACUGGAGGAACAUGGUCAUGCAUGGGUUGGCAUAGACAUCAGUAAAGACAUGCUGGACAUUGCUUCAGAGCGUGAUAGUAGUGGAGAUGUCUUUUUACAGGAUAUGGGUGGAGGUCUGCCCUUUCGUCCCGGGGUUUUCGACGGCUGUAUCAGUAUUUCGGCUGUGCAGUGGCUCUGCUAUUCGGACAAAAAGGAGCAAACGGCUCGGAAGCGUCUUACGCGCUUUUUUACGUCCUUGUACACGUGCUUGAAGACUGGCAGUCGAGCGGUGCUGCAGCUCUAUCCGGAGACACCGGAGCAGAUGGAGGAGAUCUCGGCUACUGCCAUGCGCUGCGGCUUUUCGGGUGGACUUGUGAUUGAUUUUCCGAACAGUACCAAGGCCAAGAAGUUCUACCUUUGUCUUUUUGCUGGAUACAUGCAGCAGCAGCAAGUCCCUCAAGGCCUCGGCACAGGAGCCACGACGAACCAGAUCUCGAAUGAAGGACGCGCCAGGAACGAACGCCAACGCCGAGGAAAGGGACGGGAAUCUGUUAAAGCCAAGGACUGGGUACUGGCAAAGAAGGAACGCUACCGUAAGCAGGGCAAGAAGGUCAAGACGGAUAGCAAAUUUACGGGCAGAAAGCGUCCGGGCAAGUUUUAA